AUGGUAAGAAAUAUAUCUUGGUACAUAUACGAAUUCAAAGCAUACACCAAAGAAAGAUGGGUUGGCAGAAAAUUGGUAGACGUUCUCUCAUCCGAGUUCAAAAGAAGAAGUCCCGUCUAUUUCAGGAAGGCAGUCCUCUCCGGAUCUAUUGAAAUAAACGGCUGCAGAGUGUCUGAAGAGUACUCUCUGAAACAGGGCGACUUGAUCACGCACAAAACACACAGACACGAGCCCCCCAUUCCCACAGAUGAAAUAAGCACAGUAUUUGAAAACCAGGAUAUAAUAGUCGUUGACAAGCCCUCUGGGAUUCCGUGCCACCCAAACAGUGCGUACAAUAAAAACAGUUUGACUGAAAUCUUGAAAUCGCAGCACAGCCUAAGAUUCGUGUCUGCUCUGAACAGGCUGGACAAACAGACCUCAGGAGUUGUGAUUCUCGCAAAGUCCUCAGAGGCUGCAGUGAAGUACCACAAAAAAAUUGAGGAAAAAGAGGGGUUUAAGAUAUAUCUGUGCCGAGUGAAAAGAGGAUUCCCAGAGCGCGAAGUCAUUGUCAAUCUUCCCCUCUCUAUUUCCCGCAAAAGAUGCAUCACCACUAUUUUUGAAAAAGAUGGAGUUUUCCAGGGAAAGAAAAGCACCACAAUAUUCAGAAAAAUAGGAGAAGCUGGGGAAGAGGACAUUCUAGCAUGCGGGCUGGUGACAGGAAGAACCCACCAGAUUAGAGUGCACCUACAGGCAAUAGGAUAUCCUAUCGUUGAUGAUAUGGUGUACAGCCAACCGUACAUAGAGCCUUCUCUGUUCUGCAAGAGUAUACAGAAUCUCACAGAAAAAAGAAGAGCAUCAUAUGAGAAUAAAGAUGAGAACAUGCACAGCACUGAAAUAAAAAAUGAAAAUAGUGUAAGCACAGAUGCACCUUCUAUUGAGAUAACAGAGGAAGUGUAUUUGGAUAUAGCCAAAGAAGCCUCUCUGAAGCUGGAAUUCGAGACAAUCGAGCAGCUUAUCUCAACUGAAGAGUGCCGAACCGAUGAUUUCCAGGACAAUGAUCUGUAUCUCAGCGGGCUCUCUACUGAAAACAUUUCACAGUUUAUCACAGACUCUUGCAUGUACUGCAGGAACGCUGAAUCACUUGUGGUCAUGCCCAAAUUCUCCACGCUAUCUCUGCAUGCCUGGAAGUACACACUCGAUGAGCAUGUGUUUAAAACAAUGCUGCCCGAGUGGUGUGUGCAGGAGAUAGACGAGACUAUCUGCGCAGAAAUAGAGAGAACAAAAACAAGAAUUACCGGAGUGUAA